AUGCCUCAGACUCGCGAGGCGUCCAAAACAGCUGCCACGCCCGAGAUUCGUCAGGCCUCGGACAAAACAAUGACUACUUCCGAGACUCCUCAUCGACUCAAAAAGGGGGGUAUGCCUGACUACGCGUUCAAGGUUAUCUUGGCUAUGCAUAAGGGAGAGUUCUGCGAUUACCAGAUCAAAUGUGGACAGAGAACCUUCAAGAUUAACAGGGCCAUCGUCGGAGUCCAGUCUCCGGUUCUGAGAGUCCACUUGAAGAAAAGGAAGCCAGAUUUCUACGAGAUUCAUGACUUCUCAGGUGAUGUCGUGGAAAAGGCGAUCGAGUUCUUCUCCCGUCGCCGGUAUGAGGCUCCCGGAGCACCGGGGAGCGCGGGCUCCGGCGACUCGGCUGGUUUUCACAUGGAAAUGUAUUGUUUUGCGCAAAAGUACAAGGUUAGCGGACUUGGCACUUUGGCCAUCCGCAAGUUCUCCGCCGAGGUCCGCGCGAUCAAAGACAUUGAGGAGCUCGUCGAGGUGAUCAUUUCGGUGUAUAAAAGGCAGGAAGAGGUCGGCACCUUGAAAGAGUACCUGCUCUACCCUCUUCAAGUUUUCAAGCCCGCUGCUCGUGGAUGCUCCGAUGCUGAUCGCGGAUUAGAACUGCUCAAGUUGAAGUGUCCCGAUUUCUUCUUCGACUACGUCGUCCAAGAUUUGAAGAAACAAUGGAAACGAAGUCGACGCGCAGGUUGA